UCACUGUUGUAUCACUAUACUCAUUGUCAGCACUUACCAUUUUCUGGCAUAGGGCAGGCACUCAAUAAAUGUUAGCUGACUGAAUGAGGAGGCAGAAAGAAAGAACUAGAAAACAGAGAGUAAAAGAAGACAGGGCAAGAGAGAUCAUGGGCCCAAGACAGGAAAGAGAAAGACGAGAGAGGAAGGCAUUGAACCCUUGAAGAAACCAAAGUGUCCUGUGUGGGACUGGCAUGGAGGGCCGCAGCGUCUAUAAAAGGGGUAGAUGUAAAAAACCAGCCCUCUGGCCCUAAUAAAAACUACUCACGGACAUUUGUCAAACUGACAUCAUAGCACAAGCAGCAAUCCAUGGAUACAGCUUGAUACAUUUGGUUUAGCUUAAAUGUCCCGGAUUGGUUUCAGAGAGAUACAAAAUCUCAACCGUGGUCCUCUUAUACCCAGACUUUUGGACCACUUUCCCAACUCUGAGGCGCUGAAGCCUCGUGCGCAUGCGCGUCCAGGAAGGCCACGUGGUCACUGCUCCUCUGCCCCCACCGCAGCCCCCCCUGACUCCGACGGUGACGCUCAUUGGGGCGACGCUGUCGCCCGUUGUGGACAUCAGCUUUCCAGCCUGGAGCACAGCAUUGUGAGAGGCGUGUCCUGGGGGACAGGUUACCCUGGUAACCAUGGCCUUGGCGGCAGGCCAGACCUGAUCAGGGCACAGGGCAAGAAGGGUGUGUGUGCAGAGAAGAAACGACAACAGACUUCGACUCCAGCCCCCAGCCCCCUGGGGGCUGACGGGUGGCCAUGGAGCUGUACCUCAGGAACUGCUAUAAGACUGUCGAAGCCGCCGCCAAAAAGGCGGCCGCCAGCAACCUAAAUGCAGACAAGGAACACUGUGGCACCAGCACAAAGAAAAACCCCUUUCCAGAGGUCGGGGCAUCUCACCUACUGGAUCUGCCUCUUGGGGUCAAACUGCCGGUUAUCCCAGGAAGCAAUAGUGUAUUCUAUACUACAAAUAUAAGUGAAAAGCUUUAUCAACCUUCUUAUGGUUUUAAUUUGACUGAUCCUUACUGCCGACUUUUGGAAACCAGCUAUAAAAGUCUACAUGAUCCACAUUUAAAAACAUACUAUAAGCGAAAAGAUAUCCUCAGGAGGUUAAGAAAAAAUGGCUACAUCACCACCAAUAAUAAAGUUAUAUGUUCCUUGAAGGAACUGAAUAAGUACAGGCAUUAUCUGAGCAGUUUAAAAGUAGACUUUGAAAGAAACUAUAUAAAAGAACAAAAAAUGAUUGAAAAACAAGUAAAGAAAUUAUAUGAAACCAAGAGAGCUAAUGAAAGUUAUAAUGUUGCUCGAUUCCAAAAAUGGUUAUUACAGGAAAGUACACGAACAACUCCAGUGCAAGAACGACAUUUAGAUACGGUUGCUAAGGAAAUGGACAAGAUUGAACACACUGCAGAAAAACGGAGUGCACUCCGGAUGAAGGAAGAAGAAAGCCGACAUCGGGACCACAUAAGAAGAAAACUUCAUCUCCGUAGACAAAUUGAAGAGGAAUGGAAGGCAAAAGAACUGUCACUUCUAACAAAGAUUGGAGAAGAAGUAAAAAGAGAAGCAAGAAUUGAAGAACGACGUCAAAAAUUCCGAGAAGAAACUAACCGGAAGAAACAAGUACUUCUAGAGAAAAAAAUCGCUUAUCAUUUACAAAAAAUGCAAAAGAAUGACCUUAAAACAGAAGAACCAGAGAAGAAUAUAUAUAAAAACAAAGGCCCAGAUGAAACACAAGAAGUUUCUCCGAAGACAAAGAAAACGAAUUACACUUCGGCUCACCAGGAAACACACCAAGCACACCAAGCACACCAAGCACACCAAGCACACCAAGCACACCAAGCACACCAAGGACACCAAGGACACCUAGGACACCAAGGACACCAAGGACACAGAGGGUCAGUACACCAUUCUCAAAGUGUCACCAAGACUGUCAUCAAAAAGUCAAUAACCAUGUUAAAUUCUCCACGGGAAGAGAAGACUAACACAACAGAACAAAAGAAAGAUAAAGAAAUGACUAUAGCACCAUGGCCUUCAAAUGAGAGAGGAAUGAGAAGUGCCUUAUUUCUUACCCGAGCUGUUUCUGCUAAAACAUCAAGUGUCACCAAACAACCUCUACCAGAUGUUCUAAGACAUGAAGUGACACAUGCUGAUUCGGGUAUAAAAAUGACUGAGAAGUCAAGCUUCAGCUAUGACUCAGCUCAGACAAUCAUCCCUCCUCAUGAUUCACCAAAAAAGCAACAGAGCAGCCAUCAAAUCUGCUGUCAACAAAAAAUAGCUAGUAGGAAUUCCUUUCACAAUCUAACAAAGCCUGACAUCACCAAAGUGGAGCUGUUAAACGAUGUCCAGAACAAAAGAGAUCUUAUCAUUGGGCUGGUACCUAAUGAUACUGAUCAAGAAGAGUCAGAAAACAAAGUACAAGAGAGCUUAACUAAUGAUGAAGAGGCAACUAUUUUACAUGAAGUUUUAAAAGAAGACUUUUCGGAAGGCCUACUAGAAGAUCAAGUAAAAGAAGACAUGAAGCCCACUGCAAGCUCAGUGGCUCUUCCCAUACCACCGAUGAACAAGAGGAGUGUGAAAAGGUUUCCAUCUCUAGACAAGAGUCGUCAGUUCAAAUCUGGUCUAAGUACAAAAAGUACUGAAGCAUCUCUAAGCCAAACAGAACGUGAGGAGAUAAAAAUGACAAGAUCUUUCUCUGGAAAUAAUGAAGCUACCUUGAAAUCUACAACAGACACAGACUCUUCCUUAUGGAGGAGUAGGACGCAAUUUAGUGGAGAAGAAAUGACAUCUUCUACAGAAUCAACAUCUUUCAUUAUACACAAAAUGAUGAGUUCUUUCUCAUAUAACGAAGAGGAUUUGCCUUCAUUUUCUAGUAUAGAUGAAGAGCAUCUCCAAGAUCCUAGUGCCAAAAUAACAGAAGAAAGUAUUGCAGUUUCAGAAAAUUCAAGCCGUGUUGCCUUCACCACACUGUAUCAAUGUGAAAGUAUCCUUAAAGCACAUAAUUCAGAUGAUGAUGCUGCAGAUGCUAAGCCCAGUACUUCCAAACAGGGCUUUAAAAUGAUGAAGAAGGUAUCAUCAGCUCUGUCAAAGGUGGUUUCAAAAUCUAACACCAAUCUUCCCAAAUCUUCCCCACCCUGACUUCCUAACCAGGACAGAAGGUGAAGUGCCUAUACCUGACAUAAAUAAGCAUGCUGAUCUUCCUCCAAAAAUAAAUGGAUUUUUAAGUAUGA